ACUGUGAUUUCUACUCAGCUUUUGUGUUAAUUUGAUAACAAUUGAACUGUUUGAUAACAAUUUUCUAAUUGCUAUAACUAUGAAACGAGAUGUAGCUUACUAAUAACAUCAUCUAGCCUGACAGCUGCAUUUAUAUGUCAACGCCCAGCGAGUGAUGCAUUUCGUAAUUUAAGUUUAAAAGUGUUGUUUGAUAGUACAAAACAAGUAAGUCUUUGUUGUAUUACGUUUUUUUUUAUUAGGACCAAUUAUGUGUCACCGUUGCCUGGUCUUGUGUAUUCGUUAAAAAUAAGUGAUAUUGUUUUUGGACGUAAACAAAGUGAUUUUUAAUUGAUAAUUGAAGAUUUUUACGUGAAGGUCGAUUUAAGAGGUCAGCAUGUCGCAGCCGCAUUAUAGGGAGGCGGCAGAGUCCCUGCUAAGUAGUGUAAGCCCACACCAUCGGACGCUGAGAAUGAUUCCAGCUCACUCCACGUCCCUGAACCUGGUGUCCGAGGAUCUGGUGGCCGGCCACAGGCCGCAGGGCAAGAUGUCUACGGUCAGGCGUUUCUUCUGCCUGUUCGUCACCUUCGAUCUGCUGUUCACUAGCCUUAUGUGGUUAAUAUGUGUUAUGAUGCGAGGCGAGACCCUAGAACAAAUAAUGAAUUCAGAAAUAGUACAUUACAAUGUAAAGACGUCAUUAUUCGACAUAGUGAUGGUGGCAAUCUGUCGGUUUGUUGUGUUGCUGCUGUUCUACGCCAUACUAUAUAUCAAUAACUGGAGUAUUAUUGCGUUAUCGACAGGGUGUACGUGUGCCUUGUUAAUAGCAAAAGUAUUUGUGUUUGAUUGGCCUAACGCCGUGCAGCCAGUAUACGAGGUGUUCCUAAUCCUGACGUCGUUCACGCUGGCGUGGGGGGAGGCCUGGUUCCUGGACUUCAGGGUGCUGCCCCAAGAGUUGCAGGCCAAACAGAUAUUGGAGUCUAUAGUCCAGCACAACACAUCAGAACGGACCCCACUCCUGCAGCCCCAGAUUCCAUACGCUGGCCAGUCCAACUACGCAGAAUCCACCGUCAAGUGGUUCUCCCCGGUGGAGACGCCGGAGUCCAGUCCACGGCCCAGGCGACCUGGCGAACAGGUCAUUCUGACUCAGGAACAGAUAGACGAAUACAAAGCUCAGGCGCACGAGAGCAUGCAGAAUGCGUGGCGCAUUGUGAACCUGUCAAACUGGAGUGUUGAGAAGAAGGGGGCCAAGGGGGACCUGGUCGAGUCCAAGAAGACUGAACAGUUCGGCAAGGUGUAUAGGUUUACUGGUAUAGUGGAAGCUCCUCCCAAGUUUUUGUACGAGGAGUUCAAGGACAACAUCACCAAGCUACCUGAGUGGAACCCCACCAUACUGAAGAGUGAACUUAUAAAGGAAGUAGGUCCAGGCAUAGACCUGUCCUACCAAGUCACAGCGGGCGGUGGCCGCGGCAUCAUAGCGCCGCGAGACUUCGUGAUACUGCGGUGCACGGCGCCGCUGAACAAGGAGGGGCAGGUGGUGGCGUCGGACCCGUACAGCUACAUCAGCAGUGGGGUCAGUGUCACCGUGCCUGGGUAUCCGCCGCAUAGGGAUCUUGUCAGAGGUCAGAACAAGGUGGGUUGUUGGUUCCUAAAGCCCCGCACGGUGCAGACGGCGGGCGGCAAGAUAGAGACGCACACCGUCUUCCAGUGGCUCAUGUGUUGCGAUCUCAAAGGUAAAAUACCUCAGUUCGUGUUAGAUGCAGCGUUCGCAACAGUAAUGUUAGACUACAUAGUACACGUGAGGAAAUUCGCAGCCGAGGCCAAAGAACAGGGCAGGUUUUAACCAACCAUUCACCAAUCAGCAACCAGCAACCAGCUGUUAAGCAGCAACCACUCAUUUUGUAAGCAGUGGUUUCUCAGCAACCACUCGUUUUGAAUAGGGCUUCCAAUCGCGUCUGAUACACAGUAUAUGUUUGGUUAUUAUGUUUUCAGAUGUUUCUAUCGUGUUUUUUAUAUCUGUAUUUUAAGUUUAAACCAAUGUUUUCUGAUAUAUUUUUAAUCGUAAAUAAAUCUGUGAAUAUAAAAUCAA